UCGACCGUUUCACCCUGCCCCACUUGCCCUCCUUUCCUUUACUACCAAUUCGAAGCAUUCACUCUGUCUCUUUCUCUCAUCUUCAUCGGAUUCUCUAAUCUUCGUCGGAUUCUCCCUCUACCUUACUCUGUAUAUCCAACCAUGAAAACCCAUUAGAGGGAUCGGCCUUUCAGUGUCAUCGGAGCAUUUAUCUCAGUCGGAGAGUCUUCCAUUUUUGUUUUAUCAACAAUGGGGUGCUUCAUUGCUUGUUUUCGCUCUUCAGAUGACGUGAAGCGCAGGGAACAAAGGCGACGCAAGGUUUUGCCACGAAUCCAAGCUAAUGCUAUCUCCAAGCCCGUUCAGACCUCACCAUCCGCCGUAGACAAUGCUUCUGAUAGAUCUACUAGUCCGAUUCUGAAAGCUCGGGACAGGCCCGAGGAGCUGCAACUAAGCCCGACUACUAGGAAAAGAGUAACGUUUGAUUCUAAUGUAAAGACAUAUGAGCUUGAUCAUGUUGAAGCUGAAGCUGAAGCUGAUGUCUUACUUGAAAAGGAAGGGUACAAGGAGGAGAAGGAACUAGCUGGAAUAUCCCAAUGCAAAUCUCGCUCCGAAGAUGGCUCCACUGUUUCGAGUGUUUCGUCGUACCCUCCCAAUCAUAGGUACCAGAAUUAUAGGGAGAGUGAUGAUGAUGAUGAUGAAUUGGAUUAUGCUGAUAGUGAUCUUGAUCAUGAUCAUGUUGACGAUGAUGAUGAUGAUGGUGAUGAGAACGAUGAUAUUGAGGAUGAAGAGUAUGACCAUUUCUCUGAUGAUGAAAGUGGGAGCAAUUCUGCUCAAGUGUUUGCUGAUGAGGUCGAUAGCUGUUUGUCUGUAUGUGGGUGUCCUGGAAAGGCUGAGCCUCAAAUAGGGGCGAGACGGACUGCUCGAGAUAGGAAUGCCUGUGUUCAUUCUGUGUUGAAGCCUGUGGAAAAUAUCUCACAGUGGAAGGCAGUUAAAGUUAGGGAUAAACAUCGGUCGAAUCCUCCUUCCCACAAAGAGAAUUUGGCACUAAAUGGAGCUCCUAGGAGUUCUUUUGGGACAGAGCCAAGUUUCAAAGAAUCAUCAUUUGGUUGCAAAUCAAAAACUUGCCAACCUAAGAACUCAGAUCAAGGCAUAGCCGUUGAUGCCAGCCUUUCAAACUGGUUGAGUUCUUCAGUUACAACACCCCCAAGCAAGACUAGCACAGGCAUUUUAGGUCUUACAACACCAGAGUCACAAGGGUCAAACUCACCUAAAAACCAGGAAGAUAGACCAAUUUUGGGAGCCUUAACUAUGGAGGAGCUCCGACAGUUCUCACCUCCUCCAAGGAGAUCACCAAAUAGAAGUCCCAAUGAGAUGCCAAUCAUUGGGACGGUCGGCACAUACUGGAGUCACUCCAGCUCUGUUGAGGAUUCUGGACCAGCCUCUUUCAAAAGAGAGUCAAAUAUCAGCGGUAACUACAGAGAAGAAAUGCGUGUGAAGUAAGACUGGCACUGAAUUCUGAUUGAUGUUGUGGAAGGAAGAAACCAGUUUGUUUGGAGUGAGUGUGUCAUAGAUGUUGAUAAAUGAGGUAUGAGUUUGAAUAAACGAGUGCAAGCUUGCCAACUUGAUCAACACCAUUGUAUGAUAGACAUGUUUGGGAGAGUUGUAUUGGUGUGUUUGAAUUGAUUUAUUUGUUGUAAUACUCUUUUGUUCCAUAGAGGUAAUUCAUUCGUUUGCUUAUUGUU